AUGUCGAGCGAGGUGUUCCUGCUGUUCGAGGCGGCGCCGGGGCUGCUGCUGCUGCGGGUGAAGGAGUGGGACAGCAUAGCCCAAGACACUGACGCUGUGCAGGAGGCUUGCGCAGAUGCACAGCGUUUCAAACAAUUGGUCUCUUGCGAGGCCUUUUACCCUUUUGCAGAUGCCGCAGAGGCUCUCGAGACGCUGCUGGGGGUGGCGGGGGGCACUGUGCCUCCGUGCAUGCAGAAGUUCCUGGAGCUGCACAUGCCUGCUGCUGCGCGGGGGGCUGGCAAGAAGAAGAAAGCUGCUGCAGCAGCAGCAGCAGGAGCAGGCGAGUGCUGCCUGGGGGUUUGCGACCCCGCUCUCGGGAAAUCCCUCGGAGAUCUCGGAUUCAAGAUCUUGUACAACCCCACGAUGCUGGAGCUGCACAGGGGAGUCCGCAUGCACCUGCAGGCGCUGGCAAAGCCCCUCAAGUCCUUGCCUCUGACCAAGUUUCAAGUCGGGCUGGGCCACAGCUACAGCCGCGAGCUCAUGCAGCUCGACCCCCGCAAGCAAGACAAGCCGAUCAUGCAGUCCAUAGCGCUCAUUGACUCUCUGGACAAAACCAUCAACACUUUUGCAAUGAAACUCAAGGAGUGGUACGGCUGGCACUUCCCGGAGCUCCUCAAGAUCGUCCCGGACACUGAGGCUUACUGCAGAGUCGUCUUGGUGGUCAAGCAGAAGGAAGAAUUCGACCAAGAGGAGGGGGGGGAGCAGCUGCUGGCUGCUGUGGGCAACAGCGAGGAAGUGGCAGCAGAAGUUGUGCUGCGGCUGUGCGAGCAGCGGCGGGCGCUGCAGGAGUACCUCAGCGGCAAAAUGGAUGUGGUUUCGCCCAACUUGAAGGCAGUUGUGGGCGAAGUGUUGGGGGCUCGGCUUAUAUCGCACGCAGGGGCUUUGGUGUCGCUCGCCAAGUACCCGGCCUCUACGAUUCAGAUUCUGGGGGCGGAGAAGGCUUUAUUCAGAGCCUUGAAGGCACGCAGCGGCCGCACCCCCAAAUACGGCCUUUUGUUCCACUCUUCUUUUAUUGGCAGAGUGCAGCAGCAGAAGCACAAAGGCAGAAUGAGCAGGUAUCUGGCCUCCAAGUGCGCCCUGGCCGCCCGCAUUGAUGCCUUCAGCGAUGAAGCUGAUCAGCCAUCUGGGGAACAGCCGCGGCAGCAUGUCUUUGGCGACAAGUUGAGAGAGCAGCUUGAAGAAAGGCUCAAAUACUUGUCCGACGGCAUAGUGCCUCGAAAGAAUCUGGAUGUGAUGAGGGAAGCAGCAGCAGAAGUGGAAUCCCAACGCGCUGCUGAGGCGAAGGCUCUGAAGAAGGCCAAAAAGAAGAAGGCCAAAGAAGAAGCAGCAGCAGCAGCAGCAGCAGCAGCGGAGAAUGGGGAAGAGGCCGAGGAGGAGGAAGUGCCCAAGAAGAAGAAAAGACAUGCAGAGCAAGAAGCUGUGGAGGCUGAGACUGCGGAGCCGGCGGGAGAAAUUAAGAAAAAGAAAAAGCACAAGAAGCAUGCAGAAGUGGAAGCAGCAGCCUAA